CAGAAAAUUUAGUUUAUUCCACUUUGAAAAAAUUCAAACAGGACAGAAAACCUGCAUUUACACAGAAAAUAGUUAGCGUGUACUGCUAAUACUCAUUAAUAAACAUUAAGUACUCACUAAUAAAUACUAAGAAAAGUUAUUAAUACACAAGCCAUUAAUAAUAUGCUUCCCAUUUUUAGCAGAAAGCGAAUGGUGGUGAGACUCUGUAAAAGUCGUAAAGGUGGUGAUUGUGAAGGAAGCUUCUGCCAGAUUCCAAAUCUUAAUCGGUCCAAGAAACCUACUAGAGCAAGACAGUAUAAAUGCAGUCAGUGUGGAAAAGUCUUCACCCACUCUUCAUCCCUUCAGAGGCACAAAAGAAGUCACACUGGACACAAAGUACAUCAGUGUGAGGAAUGUGGGAAAGCCUUCAGUCGCCCUUCAUACCUGAAAACUCACGUGAAAACUCACAACGGAGAGAAACUCUAUGCGUGUAAAUUAUGUGGGAAAACGUUUCUUCGUCCCCAUUCUCUCACUGAGCAUAUAAGGACUCACACUGGAGAGAAGGCCUUCGAAUGUAAGCAGUGUGGGAGAGGCUUCAGUUGUCCCAAAUCCUUUAGAUCACACGUGAUGAUGCACACUGGAGAGAAGCCCUAUGAAUGCGAGCAGUGUGGGAAAGCCUUCAGUUGUCUCAAAACCUUCCAGGUACAUACCAUGAUGCACACCGGAGAGAAGCCCUAUGAAUGUAAGGAGUGCGGGAAAGCCUACUGCUGGCGCACAUCCUUUCAAAGGCACAUGAGCAUUCACAAUGGAGAGAAACCCUAUAAAUGUGACAAAUGUGAGAAGGCAUUUGGCUGGCCCUCCUCCUUACACAAACAUGUGAGAAUGCACAAUGAAAAGAAACCUACACACGUAAGCAGAGUAGGAAACCGUUCGGUUGGCUCUCAUCCUUCCAAAAAUGUAAGAAUGCAGACAGGAGGGAAGCUCUAUAAAUGUGAAAAAUGUGGGAAAGUAUUCGGUUGUACUUCAUCCUUACACAAACACGUGAAGUUGCACACUGGAGAGAAGCCUAGAUCUGUAAGCAAUGUCAGAAAGCCUUUACCUAGGGGCCGGCCCGUGGCUCACUCUGGCCGGUCGCUCACUGGCUGAG